GAGCCUGGGCCUGCCGCCUACCACCGACGGCUUCUAGGCUGGCUUCUUUCCUUCCUUGGAGGCGCUUCUUCUCCUGCUCCCGAGGGCCUGCGUGGCGGUGGUGUCCCCCCCGCACCUUCCCCACCCAACUGGCAUGGGGGACUCUCUGCCCCAGGGGGGCUUCCAGGCUGCCAACAUGGACGAUCUCCUGCCGUUGUUGUUGCAACAUAACUGGGGUCUUCCAGACCCUCCCGCAAGCAGCACUCCUGUCGUGGAGAUAAUUGAACAGCCCAAGCAGCGCGGCAUGCGCUUCCGCUAUCAGUGCGAAGGGCGGUUGGCUGGCUCCAUUCCCGGGGAGCGCAGCACAGACACCACCAAGACCCACCCCACCAUCAAGAUCCACAACUAUACAGGCCCAGGCAAGGUCCGCAUUUCGCUGGUCACCAAGGAGGUCCCCUACCGGCCCCACCCACACGACUUGGUGGGGAAGGACUGCAAAGAAGGCUAUUAUGAAGCAGAGCUGUCUCCAGAGCGCUCCAUCCACAGCUUCCAGAACUUGGGAAUCCAAUGCGUGCGGAAACGAGACCUGGACAAGGCCGUGGCCAAGCGGAUCGAAACCAACAACAACCCGUUCAAUGUGUCCAUGGAAGAGCUAAAAGGAGACUAUGACCUGAACGCGGUUCGGCUCUGUUUCCAGGUGUGGAUUCAGGAUGCAGGCAGUGGGCGCUUGGUCCAGCUGCCCCUGGCAAUCUCACAGCCCAUCUAUGACAAUCGUGCUCCCAACACAGCCGAGUUGAAGAUCUGCCGUGUGAACCGCAAUUCAGGGAGCUGCCUGGGUGGAGACGAGAUCUUCCUCCUCUGUGACAAGGUCCAGAAAGAGGACAUUGAAGUCCGCUUCUUCAAGGACUCUUGGGAGGCAAAGGGCUCCUUCUCCCAAGCCGACGUCCAUCGCCAAGUGGCCAUUGUCUUCAAGACCCCGCCGUACAUGGACCAAGCCCUUCGGGAGCCUGUGACAGUCCAGAUGCAGCUGCGUCGCCCAUCCGACAAGGAAGUCAGUGGGCCCAUGGAGUUCCGUUAUCUUCCUGAUGAAGGUGACUUCAAUCGUAUUGACGAGAAACGCAAACGGACCCUUGGCACCUUCAAGAACUUUGUUCAGAAAACACCCUUUGCAGUCGGGGCUCCAGAACCUCGCUCCCAGCGCCGCAUUGCUGUUCCCAAACAUGGCCUGGCCCGGCCCAACAUCAGCGGUGUCCCAGGAAUCAUGGGAGCAUCAGGGCAAACCCCACUGCCCACCUCCAAACCCCAGGCCAUGGUGCACCCUUCUCCCGCCUACUUCACAGGGCCCAGCCAUGCCCCACUUCCAGCGGCGGCUCCUCCUCCGACCGCAGCUGCACAGUCCAGCUUCAGCACGGUGAACAUGGAAGAUCUGUCGGGCCUGGGCGUGAGCCAUCGGGUCCAGCCCUCCGAGUCGGAGGCCGAGGCCAGCAUUGCAGACGCCUUCCUGCACCUCCACUUCGAAGGGGCGGAUGCUGGGGGCAUGGAGCUCGGGGGGAUCCUGGAUGAUGCCCCCUACGCCAGCCUGGAGGGGAUUAACACAGCCGAGUUCUGCCAGCUCCUCACAGAAGGGGCCGCCCAGCAAGCACUCCAGGACAACCAAGGCACUCUGCUGACCUAUCCAGAGUCGAUCAGCCGCCUGGUGUCCCAGCGGAGAGCCCAAGGGGAGCCCAGUGGAGGGGGCGGUGGCGGCAGCUCAGGUGCCAGCUGCUACAAUGGCCUUCCGGGGGCCCUUCCUGCUGAGGAAAGCUUUUCCUCCAUGGUAGAUCUUGACUUGAACUCUUUUCUGAACCAGCUGAACUCAUAAGGGUGGAGUCACAGGACCACCAGCUUCUGUCCCUGGGCUCCAGAUCCCGGGUGGCUCCUCUUUGUUUGCGUAGACUUUGCCAACUUAACUCUCCCCCUCUCUGGUGGUCCCCCCCGCUGGAUGGACUAUCCUUCAAGGAUGUGUUUGGGUGGGGGAAACCUCUAGGUUCUUGGAACAUGAGGUUUUUAUAGGCCUGGACCAUUGCUUUUAGGCAGAGGCGAGGUCUCUUUCCUCCCCGCCACCAGUGACGUGGGCGUUGUACAUUUGGUAACAUGGUGGAGCCAGUUCUUGCUUCCCUACUGAAGGCUUGUUUUCCUUCCAGAACUAUGGAGCUGUGUGUGUUUUUGACUGUUUGAAGGGGAAGAAUCUCUCCUCCUUCCCAUGGUUGCCUUCUGAAAACUCGCCAGCCGGCACCUUCUCCUCCUCAUGCCAAACAAAACAUUAUUAAGGGGGAGCGGAAGCUCAGAAGCCUUAAAGAACUGUGCCAGCAAGCAAAAAAAAAUCAGCAGGUCAAACCUGUUUCUAACUUUUUUAUGAAAAGCCACACAGUUCUAAAUGCUACAGUAGCUGUACCAGGAUAUUUUAAAAGCAAAGCUACUUCUGUACUGUUUCCGGAGUGCCUUAAAGCAUUGCCCAAGGUUCUUCUGGUGGGUGAGGCCUUCCUGGUGAAACCCUACAGCCAUCUCCAGGGCCGUGAGGGUUUGUCCCUUCUGCCCAUGUUUGAAGAGGCGGGAAGAGUUGGAAUCGUUUGUUGGUCCUUUGCUGUAGAAGGAAUAGCUUAACUCUAGCAGGCUGUUGUGGGUAUACAGACAUGGGACUUGUGGUGGCAAAACACAGGCUAUUUUUCAACCUUGGUGUCCGUGGCCUUAACUGGGGAUUUGUGUCAGUCUCUGUGGCAUGCACACAGGACUUCUUCCUCUUAAGAUAAGGGGUUUUUUUAAAGCCAGAAAGAGCAACAAGGCUGUGAGGGGUAAGCCAGCCUCGUGGAUGAAAGGGAUGCAGACCCAGUCAUUCUGCUCUCGGCCUGCACCUUGCCUGCCAGUGGCGGGGUGGGGUGGGGGUGGGGAUAAAACAAUGGGAAAUCGCAUGAGGAUGUAGGCGGCGACUUCUUUUUCCGUACUGAAGCCAACUCUGAGCCUUUCCGCUCAGAAAAUAUGCCGUUACUAUAAGGGGGUGCAAUGGGACAUUUGGUGCCUUUCUCUUGCAGGCUUUGUUUGGCCCUAGCCCUGCUCAGUUUCCUCUUAGGGUGAGGGCUUGAGACCCUCCAUGUGAACCCAGUGCCUGCCAGCCCCCAAAUCAUGCCACCCCUCCAAAGAAAAGCAAGACAGUUUAGGCCACGUAGAGGGAAAACAAGCUAGCAGGAAGCAGGAUAAUCUUCCCCUUCCUCAGCGGGAAGAUAGACCAAAAGCCUCAGAUGGCUGAACUCAGACACAAGGUCUAAAACGGAAGAGAGAUCCAGUUAUCCCAGGUUAGGAUGCAGCCUGCUGCCAACAGGGUCUGGUGGGGAAAGCAGCUGCCAAGCCAGCAGGGGCAGCCAAGGUUAUGUCCAGGGUGGGGGUGGGAUUGCGCCUUGUUUUUUAAAUACUAUUUGCUGCAUUUUUUUAAGGGUGGGUGGGUGUGUCAAGAUAGUUAACCACUUAAGUGCUGUUAUUGGUCCACAGUUGUCUCACUCUUCUUUUUUUGUUAUCUGAUGUGGCAAUUCUUGCUUUCUUCUUCCUAUAGCAGGUUCCUAAAAAUAAACUGAAGCCUCA